GUUGUUGUGUAUCCUUCGGGUGAAAAGUUUCCUACUAAACACGGACUUUUGCACCGCCGCCGUCGCCGUUCGAGCGCUAGAAACGAGUGCGAGUGCGUGUGAGACUUACUAGCUAACAAACUGAUUUUGAAUUUCGGGAUAUUAUACUAUCCCUUCGGUGUGUUUGAGUUCAAGGACUCGCGACUAACUUGUUCCAGUUUUGAAAACAGGCAGCCCACAAAACAAAAUUGCCCAUGUGACCAGUGAAAUAGAGUAUACAAAAGCAUAACAAAAUCUCCAAGAACUCCAAGUUUUUCCGCUUUUCUUCCAAGUCCCGGUUUCAUUUGCAGCUCCAGUUUCGCGCUCGGUUCUCUGGGUUUCCCUGCAAUUUCCGCGAUUUCCUUCCUUAUUUCCCUUCGUUCCGUUUUCGCGUCGCGGUUUGUUAUUGUCAACUUUCGUUUUCGCGCGGCUUUCCUAACGGUCCAACGACGGGCGGCACAUGGAUAGUGAAACAGGCUUGGAUUUCCAAUAGCUUCUAAGUACUCAGCACUUUCCGAGGGAAAAGGAAAAGUUCGAGAAAGGAAAUGGAUUAACAACCAAGCUUUCAAUCAAAGGAUUUGAGAACAACGGCGGCCACAACAACACAAAACACUUUGGAAGCUCUUUAAACAACUUACAAACGGAAAAAAAACUCUUUCGGCCCAAAAAAUCAAAAUUGCAAACCAAAACAUAGCGAAGGCGUAAAAUGAAUUAGGCUAAACACACAACUUAUAUGAAAUAUAAAUAUUAUAACUAUUAAAGCCAAUAACAAGUAACGCGCUAAUGUUUAAUUAAUUGUUAAGUCCAGAACCCAAACAAACAAACAAACGGAAGACAAAGAUUUUUAAGCCUACGCAUAAGUACAAUUUACUAGAUAUAAAUACUUAAAUUAUUUUUAUAUCCGACGACAUAUUACAAGCAAAAUCAAUUGAGAAACGAAGCAUAAACCAGAGUACAAAUACUUAAUCAAUUUACAACAAGCAAGCAUCAAAUAUUAUCAACCACAAACUGCAAGUAAUUAAUAACGUAAAUACAACAAAAACAACAACAACAAGAAGAACAACAACAACGCAUACGAAAUACAAAUUUUACAAAUUACAAAUUUACAAAGAUUUUUUAAAUGAAAAACCAAAACCAAACCAAGUCUGCUACAAAUUAAAUCAAAUAUCAAAAUACAAAUUUUUGCCUAGCUGCCGUUUUUACAAAACAAACAAAAGAAUAAAGUACAAAACAACCAACCACAAAUCUUAAACAACAAUUUUUAAACCAACAAUUUAUUAAAGCACUUUACAAAGAAGAACACCAUAAUAAGUAAUCAAAUAAUCAAUAACUUUGCAUUAAAACACGCAAAACCAGUGAGUUCAAAAUAAACGAAAUACAAAUCUUGGAGUAGCUUCAACUUAUAUUAUAGUAUACAAAUCUAUUAUACGGAUAUAAUCAGAGUGUUUUACACUAGCCAACAAACAAACAAACCAACAAACAAACAAACCAGUCGAAAUCAGAAACAUUUUUACGAAGAACUACCUCAAAAAUAAAGAGAAACAAGCACGAAAAGUGAGCCGAAAAGUGUACAAAAAAUCAAGCAAACAAACAAACGAAUCUUCGAAUCAAUCAAGUACAAAGCCCCGCAGUUCAGCAAUACAACUGCAUAGCCAUGCCAGUGUUUGAGCUUAAAUGGCGUCUUCAAUUUUAGCCCAGAGCAGCGCAGGUGCUACCGUCGACAGCAGCAACUUGGGAGCAACUGCAGCAGCAGCAGCCGCAGCAGCAGCAGUAGCCACAUCUGUGGAGGCCACCGUGUCCAGCCUGCACAACACCCAUCUCAACCAGCUGAGCAGCCUCAGCCAGCACUACACUGCGCCGUAUCACCAUCCGCAUUCGCAUCCGCACUCGCAUUCGCAUCCGCAUCAUCACUACCAGCAGCACUAUCCGCAGCAGCAACAUCUCCAGCAGCAGCAGCAGCACGCCCAGCAGCAACACCAGCAACAUCAGCAGCAGCAGCAGCAGCAGCAGCAGCAACAGCAGCAGCAACAGCAGCAGCAGCACUGGGACUACUAUGCCAGGCAGCAGCAGCAACAUCAACAGCAGCAGCAGCAACAGCAACAGCCAGCGGCCGCCACCGGCAACACCAACGGCAACAGCAGCAGCAGCAACAACUGCAACAACGGCAACAGCAACAACGGCAACAACAGCAACGCCGACGGCAGCAAUACCACGGUUCCAGCGCCCCUGGGCAGCAGCAGCAACAGCAGCAGCAACCAUGCUAAUGCUGCAAGUGGUGGCAACAAUGGCCAGCGGCACGGCGAUGCCAAUGCCAAUGCCAAUGCCAUUUCCGCCGCCUCCGCCGCAGUAGGAAAUCCGGGUAACCAGCAGACGAACAACGCAGCCAACUCGAAUUCGAACUCCAAUUCCAACUCGAACGGCAGCUACACGCGUCCCUGGGAAAUGGAGUCCAAGGACAAUGGGCCACAACCCCAGACGCAACCACCACAUCUGCAGAUGAAGAGCGGCUUCGAGCCGUUCUCCAAGCUGCCGUCGUUUCAGAGCCAGUUCCAUGGCUUCAAUGAGCAAUUACUACCGGAUGGAACACCCAUGCCUGUGCCCAUAGGAGCAGGAGUGCCACCUGGAUCGGCAGCAGCGGUCGCAGCUGCUGCAGGUGUCCUACCUCCUGGCUCCGUGGGACCAAACUCAGUAACGGGAUCCGUGGGAUCUGUGGGUCCCACUGCCAUGAGCUCGCUGCAAACGGUGGCCAUGUCGCCGGCCAGCAUUUCGGUCAGCUCGCCGGGCAUGAUGAGUGUGGGCUCACCACUGACCCAACUCUCGAGUCUGCAGACCAGCAUCACACCGCCAUCAGCGGGCAGUUUUCCGGCACCACCGCCGCCGAACGCCUUUGCGCACCACCACGCCCUCAAUCCGCACCACCAUCAUCGAGGAGCCACCGGCUAUCCCACGCCCUAUGCGGAGCUGCCACUCUAUCCGGGAUUCACGCCGUUGGGUGUCAAGAAGGAGCCGAGCACGGGCGGCAGCGAUUUCGAGAUGCUGCUCAAGAAGGAGGACUUUGAUCUCAGCAACAGCGGUGGCGGCGGUCUCAUCCACCAUCCGCUGCAGCACGGCCAGCCGCAUCCCAUACCCAUGGGCAUGCACACGCCCACCUCGUACGAUGGCAACAACAGCAACAACAGCUAUCCACAGGCGGCAGGCGGUGGAAGUGGCAGCCACACGCCGCACACCACCACCACCGCCCAGCCCACGCCCACCACCACCACGCCGGUCAAGGUCGAGAAGCUGCUGCAGUCGCCGAUAGCUCGGCUGGAGGCGCGGAAGAAGGAGCGCCGGAAACAGCGGCCCAAUUCGCUGGAGUCCAGUGCCGAGAGCGAGGCCAGCGGCAUGGACGUAGACCCCAGCAAUCCUGGCCAAGUGGACGCCGUCUCCAGCACGGCCAACUUCAAGAGUCCGUUGAGUGCCCUGGGCAUGGGCGAUAGCAACGAUGCCAAUGCCAGUGGAUGCGACAAGCAGGACUACGGUCGUCGCCACCAUCUUCCGCCACCCACACUGAACCACCCGCCAAUGCCACUGCCACCGCCCACAAUCACAAUCACACCCACCACCCACAAUCAUAACCACCACAACCAAAACCACAAUCACAACCACAACCACUCCAACGACAACAACUCCUCUUCCUGCUCUCUUUUCCAGUCCAAGAAGAAGCGGAAGCGGUGCGGCGAAUGCGUGGGAUGCCAGCGCAAGGAUAACUGUGGGGAGUGCGCCCCCUGCCGAAACGACAAGAGCCACCAGAUCUGCAAGCAGCGCCGCUGCGAGAAGCUCACCGAGAAGAAGGAACCCAAAGCCAAAACCAUCGUAUUCGGUGCAGAUGGUCAGCCCGUUCGAGCCGAUUCGAAGCGCGGCCGAGGCAAAGGAAAGUCAUCUGGUUCCGGAAAUGGUUCGGUUAACGCCACAGGUAUCGCCGCCGGCAAUGGAACACCAACAACUGGGCAGUCACGCGCCCGCAAAAACUCCACCAAAGCAAACAAACUGAAUGCAGCCGCUGCAUCAGCAACAUCGCCUCGUCUAAGUCCAGUGCCUGCAGCAACACUGUUGCCGCAGCAAUCGCCAAAUACCACAUCAGCAACAGGCAACCUGCAGCAGCAGCAGCAGCAGCAACAGUACCAGCAGCAUCAGCAACUUCUGUCGCAGCAGCAACUACUGUCGCAGCAGCAGCAGCAGCAACAGCAGUACCAGCAGCCGCAGCAGCAACAGCAGCACUUCCAGCAGCAGCAGCAGCAGCACUUGCAGCAGCAGCAGCACGCACAGCAGCAACAUUUGCCACAGCAGCAACAUCAGAUAACCGCACAAAUCCAAACCAUGAAGGAUCAACCGCAGCAGCCCAUGGCACCCAUGGCCUUCUACCCCACAUGGCAGGCGGAUCCGUCGCAGGGCUGGCAGAACCAGUUCAUACAGCAGAUACCACAGAACACACCGGCCAUAACGUCCCUGAACUCCCUGGACUUCCAGACGCAGUCGUAUGCGUAUCCCUCGAACGGCUACGUGCAGUCGGGCCUGGGAUUCGAUCCCAACUAUGGUAGGUCACCAUAUGCGGCACCAGUGCAGCGCUACGACUUCCAGAGCCAGCAGCUGUCCACGGCACCGUCGGCCAUCAACCAGGUGGGUCUGCAGAGUGUGACGGGAUUUGCGCCCAGCUACGCUGGACAGGUGUCCGCCGCACCAGUGCCGCCGUCGCAGCAGCAACAACAGCAGCAGCAGCAACAGCAGCAGCAGCAUCUGGGAGCGGACCUGAACAAGACGAUGUCGGGAAACGACACGCCUGGAUAUCCGCGGGUGAGCAGCGUGCCGCCGCGCUCACUCAACUGUAACGGGUAUUCAGGCGAUUACAGCGGUUCCCCAGCCACCAACAGCAACAGCAACAACAACAGCAGCAACAACAACAGCAGCAGCAACAGCAGCAACACGAACAACAGCAACGGCAGCAACAACAACGCCACCACAGUGGUCAGCGGAGGCACCACCACACCAGCCCCACCACCCACAGUGGUGGCCCAGCCCGCCUCCUCGCCCAUGCAGCCACCCAACCAGGCGGUGCCACAGUCGCCCACGCGCAGCAACAUGCUGCAGCAGCAGCAGCAACACCAGUCGCCCACGGGCAACGGGCUGCAGCCGUAUGUUGCACCGCAGCAGCAACAACAGCAGCAGCAGCAACACAUCUCCUCGCCACCGAUGCAGGAUUGGAACUGGCAGCAGCAGCAGCAACAGCAGCAGCAGUCAUUGGGCGCCGAGGGCUAUGCCCAGGGUGAGAGACUCCAUCUGAACACACGCAUCAAGUCGAUGAUUAUGCGCAAGAGCGAUCCCAAGGAUCCGCCGCCGGAUCUGCAGCCGCAGCAGGUGCAACAACAGCAGCAGCAGCAGCAGUCGGCCGUGCAGCAGCAACAGCAGACCGGUCAUUUUUUAUCGUAUAGCCACCAUCUCCGGCCCGAAGCGGCGCUGAGCGCCAACGGACCGAGCAGUGCCACGCCCACCCACCCACUGCCCAACCUGCAGCAGCAGCAGCAGCAACAGCAGCAAGUGCAGCAGGUGCAACAACAGCAGCAGCAACAGCAGGCGGUUGGUGGGCCAGUGGCUGCCGAGCCGAUCGGAGGUGGUGGCGAUCACAUCUGGAAGCCGCACCACGCCAACUCGUUCAAGAAGCCGAGCGUGGUUAGCGGCUAUCCGGCAGCAGGACAGGAUGCACAGUUGCAGCUGCAGUUGCAGCAACACCAGCCAGGACAGCACACGACCAUCAGCCACUCGGUGGAUCCGCCAGUGGUGGUGCCACCACAACAACAACAACAUCCUCCAGUAGCCGCCGCUCAGCCCAAGAAGUCCAGGAGUCGCAGCAAAGCCAGUCGAGCAGCGGCGGCGGCUGCAGCAGCAGCAGAAGCAGCGGCGGAGAACGAUCGAGAUCGAAACUCCACGGAUCCGGGAGGUGGUGGCCUGAAACCGCUCAGUGCCCACUAUCCCCCGCAUCCACAUGCCGCCGGAGGACCGCCACCGGGCCAGGACUAUCACUCGCAGUACAUCAAAACGGAGCCCGGUUUACUUGGUCCUCCGCAGCCGAACAAAAUGGAAGGUUACGAGCGGAACUACCAGAACUUCAUACAGUAUGCGGACUUCUGCCAAAACGAUGGCCAAGGACAGCCCGUGCAGCAACACCAUGGUCAUGGGCAGCAGGACUACGCCGGCUAUCACCACAACUCGGCCUACUAUGGCGCCGGAGCCAGUAGUUUUCAGCAGAACUUCCAGCAAAACUUUGUCCCGGGCUACCAGCACUCCACUUAUGGCGGCAGAGGGAAGCCGCCUGCCAACCAGCCGCACCAGAUCCACGGGCAUGGCCAGAGUUUGAUGGAACUGGACAGGAAACCAGAUACCAACAGCAUCAUACCACUGCCCACCAACUACGAGAAGGAUAUACCUGCCUAUCCCAUACCGCCGCAUCGCUAUGCCCUGGGACACGGUGCUCCGCCGCACUUGAGUCACCACGGCAUGCUGGAGCCCAAGAUCGAGGACAUGGGCAUGCUGGGGCACGGUGGCAGCUAUGCCUAUCUGGGAAGUGAGGGAAAACCCCUGAACAAUGGAUUCUCCUGCUGCAGACAGGGUGGCACUCGACCACCCACUGCGGAGCACUUGAAGGACGGAACCUGCCUGGGAUUGGGUAUACAACCGAAGGAGGAACUCAUCGACGAGGACGAACUGAUCGACACCCAUGGCAAUGGACUGAAACCAAUUGGUGGUGUGGGCAAGGCCAAGGGAAAGCAAAAGCCCGAUGAAAUACCCGAAAUAGUGGUGAAGCACGAGAAGAUCAACCCCAUGUUCGACACCACGGAUCGCUUGGAAAAGGGCAACAAGACAGAGAUUCCUGAGUGCGAGUGCUUCCAGUCCGACAAGAAUCCUCCGGAGCCGGGUACUUACUACACACAUCUGGGCACGGCCUCAUCUCUAAUGGAUUUGCGAAGGGAAUUUGAGGAGCGUUGCAACCUGACGGGUCGCCAGUUGAGAAUCGAGAAGAUCGUGUACACGGGCAAGGAGGGCAAGACUUCGCAAGGAUGCCCGGUGGCCAAAUGGGUCAUCCGGCGGGCUGAUCUCGAGGAAAAGAUUCUGGUGGUGGUCAAGAAACGACCGGGUCACAGAUGCAUAGCCGCAUAUAUUGUUGUGUGUAUGGUGGCCUGGGACGGAAUGCCUCGCCUGGAGGCGGAUAAUGCCUACAAGAAUCUGAUCCCGAAGCUGAACAAGUACGGCCUGCCCACCACGCGUAGAUGUGCCACCAAUGAGAAUCGCACCUGUGCCUGUCAAGGACUCGAUCCGGAAUCGUCGGGCGCCUCGUACUCCUUCGGCUGCUCCUGGUCGAUGUACUACAAUGGCUGCAAGUACGCCCGCUCCAAGACGGUGAGAAAGUUCCGGCUGUCCGUGAAGAGCGAGGAGGCGGCCAUCGAGGACCACAUGAACCUGAUUGCCACUCUGCUGGCACCGGUGUUCAAGCAGGUCUGUCCGCGAUCCUACGACAACCAGACGAAGUACGAGCACGAGGCCAGCGACUGCCGGCUGGGUCUGGAGCCCGGAAAGCCCUUCUCCGGGGUGACCGCCUGUCUGGACUUCUGCGCCCACUCCCACAGGGAUCUGCACAACAUGCAGGAUGGCUGCACGGUGCAUGUGGCGCUGCUGAAGCCCGGCAAUCGGGACACCCGCCUCCCAGACGACGAGCAGUUCCACGUCCUGCCGCUCUACACGAUGGACGGCACGGACGAGUUCGAGAGUGUCGAGGGUCAGCGGGACAAGCACCGCACCGGAGCGGUGCAAAUGCUGGACAAAUUCCCCUGCGAGGUACGCGUACGAUCCACACCCUUAAUACCCUGCAGAAGGCAUGGCAAGAAGCGAAAGGAUGGCGACGAAGCGGCGCCACCGGACGGAGACCAGGACGCGGUUGGCGAUGCCAACAGCCAGAGCAGCUCCAGCAACGGUGCCCAGUCCCAAGUGCAAGCCAACAACCAGCAGAGCAGUCCGCCAGCGCUGGGAACAGCGCACAUCAAGAAGGAGAAUGGCAAUGGUGUGAACGCCAAUGGAGCGAGUGGCAAGUCGAAGGGCAAGGGAAAGUCCAAUCAGUCCAAUAAUUCGAGUGCUUCCACGCCGGGAUCAGCGCCACCGUCAACACCCUCGCCGCGGUGCCAGACUCCAGUGACAAACAAUCCCAGUCCGGCGGGCAGUGCUUUCAGCACUCCACCCGUUCACGGAUCAAAUGCCAAUCCCCAAAGCAAUGGUGGCCAAGCCACGGGCAAUCAGCCAGGACAACUCAUGAGCUCCAACUCCAGCCUGAUGAACAUGGCCACCAUGAUCGACACCUUCACAGAUGCCCAACUGCAGUCCAACCAGAUCUCAAGCACUGUCCUAGACUCGCCGUACUCCUAUGACUACCAAACGGCUUCCUACAUAGACUCGCGGAACUACUACGGCCAGUGGCCAACGCCUCAUGCUCCGAUGGGCAUGCAGGCGCAGGUGGGCGGACUGGGAGGAGGUGUUCCAGGAGGCGCGGUGGCAGGUGUGCCACCUCUGACACCCACCACUCCUACGGCCCAACCACAAUUGGGUGUUCCCCCGGCGACUUCCAUUCCCGGAGGCACCACCACCGGAGCACCAGCAGGAGCUCUGCCGGCGACAGCUCCACCUACGGCUACGCCGACACAGCUAGAAACGAGCAAUGGCUAUGGAGCUGGCAACUAUCAAACCCUCGUCAGUAAUCCCGCCUCGAAUCUAACCAAUCCCGGAGCAGUUGCCACGGAGGUGCAGCAGCAACAUCAGCAGUCCCAGCAGCAACAGUCCGCGCUAACAGGAGCAGUGGGUCCCGGUGGUUUGCCCGUUGUGGGCGGGGCACCUGGUGACCUUAAAAGCCGGCUGGUCAGCGAGGAGAAUCCCGACUCCACCACCCUGGUCAACCACCAUCACCAUCAUCACAAUCUUACGGAGAGUAAACUAACCGCCUUGACGGCCAUGCAACCGAUGACGAACCUCGCACCGCUGACCACCUCGCACCAUCCGCAGGAGGGAUUCGUCAAGCCGAAGCCACCGCCCAGCGACUAUACGGCCCAGUACACGGCGCAGUAUCCGAACAACUACCAGAUGUACCCGCCUCCACCACCACCACCACAUUCGGCGUACUCCGCCUAUGAUGCGUAUCAGAACAUGAACUACAACUAUGGGUAUCAUCAGGCCUACUCGCCGUACGGAAUGUAUCCUCAGCAGACGCCUCCGCCCACGCCGCCUCCGCCAUCGCCCAACUGGAACAUGUACGGUCACCAUCAGACGGGGUCCGUGAACUCCGGUUACGGCAGUGCGAAUCCUGCUGCAGGCGCGGGUUCCUUGAUAGCCAGCCAUGGGUCAGUAGCGCCCGCGGGCGUGGGCCUCCAGAAACCGAUUGUUCCAGUGCCAGGACCACUGCAUCAUCAACAGCAGCAGGUGCUACAGCAGCAACAGCAACAGCAGCAGCAGCAUCAACAGCAGCAGCAGCAACAGCAGCAGGUGCAACAGCAGCAACAGGAAGCUCCGCAAACGAUAUUACCCGAUCUGAGCAACGGCCAAACCACCUCCGAUACAGUAGCCACGCCCACGCCAACUGGAGAUUCCUCCGGCAGUGACGCGGGCUCGGGCAACCCUGGAGCUGGAAACCCAGCAGGCGCAAGUGGAGCAGGUGCAGCAACAACGGCGCCUCCCAUCGCCUCACCAGGAAGCACCAAUUCCAGCAAAAUCGAGCCCAUUGGCGAGGUGGCCGAGAUCAAUGAGAACAUCGAGGCCUUCCAGGAUCCGCAAAUGGGCGGCGUGGCCAUAGCCCUGAAUCACGGAAGUGUCCUGAUCGAGUGUGCCAAACACGAGAUGCACGCCACGACGGCGGUGCGCCGGCCAGAUCGGCAUCAUCCCACGCGGAUGACACUGAUCUUUUACCAGCACAGGAACCUCAAUCGAUGUCGACAUGGCAUCGAUGAGUGGGAGGAGAAGAUGCGGGUGAAGAAGAUCAACACGGACCUAGACAACAAAGCCAAAGAAGAGCGCGAGCGACUAAUAAAGAAGGCGGCUGGCGAGGAUCUGGACGAUCUCGACGAGGAUGCCCUAAUGCAGGACGAGCCGUUGCCCAUCAAAAAGGAAUCCUCCGCCAAUGGCCAGCAGUUGAAAAACGGUGCCAGCGGCAGUAAAAAAAAGAAGAGCAGUGAUUCCAAAAAAUCCCAAGCCAACGAGCAGUCAAAAAACGAGAAGGUUGCCCUCCACGCACCAACACUGACGACCACGUCGUGGACGACCCUGUUCCCCUCGCAUCCGUGCGUGGUUUCAGGGAAAUACCCGGAGGGCAAUAGCAGUCCGACCUCGUCCACGAACAACGCGCCCAACGGUGGUGGCUGCCCCGGCCAGCAGCAGCAUCUGCCUCCUCCGCCUGGCAGUGGGCUUAUCCAUCCGCCGCCGGGCACGCCCACUGGCACCGCAGCACCGCCGCCGCCCACUCCGCAUCAGCAGCUGCAGCUGCCGCAGCAGCAGACCUGAAUCUCUUCAGGCUGAGGGGCUACUACUGGUAACCAGCCUCUGGUGUUCGCUGCAUAGGCCUAAUCUUAAGAAUCCACACAAAUCAAUCCUGUUCCGGUUUUGAGUUCCGAUGGAAUUCGGCGGCUCGGAAAGUAGUAAAUUUAACACAUUUCACAUAUAUUCGAAUUGAAUUUGAAAAGAAGAUAUACUUGAGUCUGAGUUUUAAAGAUUUUCAAUUAACAAGUUUUCAACGCCGAGUUAUUCCAAAAAGCUAGAUUGAAACCAAAAAAUUUGACAAGUACAUAACAGCAUUAAAUUCUUUUGAAUUUUUAAUUAAUUUAAACUUUUUCGAAAACCGCCAAACUUGAUCGAAAUGAAACUAAAGAACAGGGUUGUAUGACUGAAAAUUCACUCAAAGCUAAGCAAAGAAACGGAGACAGAAGAUUUAAUUAUUUUUGUAAAUGCGUUUGAUUUAGUGUGCCAUAGGAGGAGAAGAAUUAGAAGAGUACCCGGAAAAAGAGAGUUGCAGUUGAAAAAGUACAGUUGACGCUGCCGGGCCAGAGUUGUCACCAUUCCACAAGAAAAUACCCAGAAAAUACAUCACACUUCACUCAGCAAAAA